UUUCAUGUGUUUUCAUUUGUCAUUGUUUAUUUCUCGUGUGAUGAGGGAAAAUACAUUUAUUGAAUAUAUAAUUUCACAUUCGUGAUCGAUACGCAAAAAUUAAAUAAAAUAUGCUCAAAAUUGCUAAGAGAUAGAAAUUGAUAAAUAAGUUCUUUAAUGUGAAAAGUUAGAAAAAGUUGUUUUAUAAAAUAAUGUAUAUAUAAUUUAAAUGCAAGGAUGAAGGUAACAAUCACCACAACAAAAAAUCAAAUUUUUAUCUUGGAUGUUAGCGAAGAUCUAGAGUUGGAAAAUUUCAUAGCUUUUUGUGCAAUUGAAACUGGUAUACCUUUUCAUGAAAUUUCUGUAUUAUUCAAUGGUCAUCAGCUGUUCGACUAUAAAACGUCACUUCGAGAUUACGGCAUUUCUGAUGGAGACGCUAUCAUUUUGCGGUGUAUUUCACCGGAGAAUAAAGAAGAACUUCCUUUGUUGGACUUUAGUUCUAUAAAAGUUCCUAGAAAUUCAACUAGUUCGACAAAUCAAGGCGAUAACUCAAACUUCCAAGGACUGAGAUCUCCAAAUAAUCAAGAUGACCCUGCCUUAAUAAAAGAUAUGUUUUUAGCCAAUCCAGAUCAAUUGUCACUUUUGAAACAAAACAAUCCUCGAUUAGCAGAUGCUCUUCUUUCAGGCGACCUCAAUUCAUUCACAAAAGUACUUCAAGAACAAGUAAAAAUUAGAGAAGAACGCCAGUCUCAGAGGUUAAAAAUGAUGAAUGCAGAUCCCUUUGAUACAGAAGCUCAAAGACUAAUAGCUGAAGAAAUUAAACAAAAAAAUAUCGAAGCUAAUAUGGAAGCUGCUAUUGAGUAUAAUCCCGAAACGUUUGGUACAGUAGUAAUGCUAUAUAUUAAUUGUAAAGUUAAUGGUCAUCCAGUAAAAGCUUUCAUUGACUCAGGUGCUCAAACUACUAUCAUGUCAUCAAUUUGCGCAGAAAGAUGUAAUAUAAUGAGAUUAGUGGAUUCACGUUGGUCAGGCGUUGCUAAAGGAGUUGGGAUUCAACGCAUAAUAGGACGCAUCCACAUGGUUGAAAUUCAAAUAGGAUGUGAUCAUUUAACGACAUCUUUCAGUGUACUUGAAGAGCAACCAAUGGAUAUGUUAUUAGGUUUAGAUAUGUUGAAACGUCAUCAAUGCUGUAUUGAUUUGAAAAAAAAUGUUUUGAUCAUUGGGACAACUGGAAUGGAGACUCCUUUUUUAACAGAGGGUGAUUUACCUGAAUGUGCGCGUUUAAGCUCUAAUAUUGAUGAUUUAGAAGAAGAUAGAUAUCUACAAAAAGCAAUAGAAGACAGCACCAAAAAAUAUUCAUUACAAUCUGGCAAAGCUGAGGAAAUAGAAAAAAUAAAUCUUCCAGUAACUAUAACAUCUUCACGUGAUACAACAAUAGAUUCGUCCGAUUCUUUUUCGGAAUCAACAGUAGAAGAAAUUAUAACUCUCGGAUUUGCAAGAGACCGAGUUAUUUCUGAGCUGCGAAGAUUUAAUGGUGACAAAGUACAAGCUAUUGCAGCAUUGUUCGCCGAGUCUUUGAAAUUUUAAAGAUUCCUUUAUACAUUUUGAAUUAUUAAACUUUUGAAUAGAGAUUCUUUGAAGUACCAGUGUGUUGCUUAAAUUUAUUUCUAACUUAAUGAAUGUAAAUUUGGCUAACGUAUAUACUACAUUUAUCAUGUAAAUGUUUUACAUUUCCAAAACUUAAUUCUGUUCAUAUUGAAUAUAUUGAACCAUGAAUUCA